UUUUUGGCUUGACUUUGACAUUGACAUUGACAGUUUAAAAUAACCGUGCUUCCUGCUUUUUAAAAAUUUAAUUUGUGUGUUGUUCACAGUGUUGUUGAACUAAGAAUAAAAUGAGAAACUUACACGAUUUUGAGAUACCGAAUGAGUGUGAAACUGCUUUAUGCGAGAUAAAUGGACGUGUUCAUUAUAUGAAUCUAGAAUAUGCCAAUAUUUCGACUUUUACAAAUAAGAUCGAAAAUCAUCCAAAUAUACAUAUUACUCGAGAUCAGCUUCAUGCAACAACAUCAGGGGAUGAAGGAAAAGCACUUUUUUUACCUGUCAAUGUAUCUUUUCUUAAGCAACUUACUCAAGUGUAUUAUGAACAGGGCCCAGUUGAAGCACUGCAUUAUGCAAAAUCACAUAACAGAUUUCUAAUUUCCCAAGUAGCGAACAUUUUAUUAAAUGCAGUAAAAUAUAUUCAAAAAGUGAGACUUAUUUUAAAUCCAAAUAUUACAUGCAGUGGACCAAUAUUAAUAAAUAAUUUAGGACAAACAAAAAAUUGGCAUAGUAGUACCAUAAGGUAUAUUUCGUGGCAUCCAUACUGCACAAAAGUAGCUGUAGCAACUUGUGAUGAUAGUGUAAGGAUUUAUAGCAGUGAUAGUACAUACUGUCCACUAUUAAGAUGUAAAGAACAACGGCAUAUUACUUGUGUUGCCUGGAGACCUUUGUCUAAUACAGAAAUAGCUGUAGCACAUGAAAAUGGAAUUAUUAUUUGGAAUAUUGAUCCAAAUUCUUUGGUGUCCAGGCCAUCAGUUAGCAAUGGAAUUAUUCUUCAAAGAUUAGAGCACCGACCUGUAAUGAGUAUUGCUUGGUCUCCAAAAGGUGACAAACUAGUAAGUGUAUCGGCUUGUGACAAUACUAUUCUUGUCUGGGAUCCUGAGUUAAACAGAACUAGUUCCUUAAAGAGGGCUGGAGGUUUUGGGAAUACAUUAGUUAAAUGGUCCCCCACUGGUGAGAAAUUAGUUACAUGCUCAGAUGGAUUAGUUUUUAGAGUCUGGGACUAUCGUAAUUGGGAAUGUGAAAGAUGGACUGUUUUAAGUGGCAGAGUUCAAUCAGCCUGUUGGUCAAAUUGUGGAACAACUUUACUUUUUGCUACUACUACUGAACCUAUUAUUUAUGGAGUUAUUGUGAAAAAUGAUUUAAUUUUUGCAAGUGACACUGAGUCAUCCUCAAAACAAGCAUUACCAAUGUUUGACACAAGUAAAGUGGAUUUGGAUGGCAUAACGGUAGGGGGAUUGAUUCAGGUUAUGGAAACUGACCCCAAUGGAAAACAUCUUGCUGUUAUUUUUCAAGAAACUAACACAGUUGCUGUUUUUAAUAUUGUCAGACAACCUGAUCUCAAAGUAAUACCAAGUGCAUUACUUAUGGGUUUAUCAGAGGAGAAACCUAGCAUAUUGAGUUUUCAACAAAAUUUUGAUGCUGGAGCGUGCUUAUCUAUUGGUUGGUCUAAUGGCAGGAUUCAGUAUUAUCCAAUUAUUUAUACAGAUUUAUCCAAUAGUUUAUAUGAAAAUCCACCAGUUGACGUUUCAUUAUAUAAAUCUUUUAAUAAGUCACUUUUUUAAUUCUCUUUUUUAACAUAUUUAUUAUAUUUUAGGUUCUAUAUUAUUAUUUAGAUUUAUAUUAAUUUUAUUACUAAGUAUGGGUGUUGUAAUAUUUUAUAUUACCUGCAUGAAAUCAUGAUGCCUUUCCAAAUGUCGAUUUUUCCUAUACAUCAGCAAUAAAUAAAUAUUAUUUUAUUAA